CACUCCUCACCAGGGUUUAACAGGGUGCUUGAUGCAAUAUCGACGUAAACAAAAACAAAUAUUUGAUAUUUAGUCCUUUAAAUGAUUUAGUUUAAUAACAAUAGGAGAAUGGCAAAGCUGAAGAGAUGUCGAACUUGCCUGGGCAGAUCAGAUGGAAUGGUUAACAUAUUCGAAUAUGAUCCUAACUAUUUGGAUGUGAAUAUUGCGGAAAUGAUAUCCCACUGCAUACGAUGUCCAGUUUCUAGGGGGGAUUCCCUGCCCGAAACCAUAUGUAAGCCCUGCCUAGAGGAGGCCAAAAGUGCUUUUGAUACCAUACGAAAGUUCGAAAGGAGUCACCAGUUUCUAAAGGGGAAUUCGCUGGAGGAGCAUGUCUCCAAAGUGUUGGAUAAACCGGGAACCACACGGUUAUAUUGCCAGGAUAAGAGGCAGGAAGCUGGAGGAGAUUGGCCGGAAGAAGGGUCACCAAAGGUGAUUAAAGAAGCGACAAUAGAAGGACCUUCAAAAGUGAAGAUUGAAGAUACUAUGAUAGAUCAUCCAUGGAUCAAAGAGGCUUCAACAGAUGAGCUAUUCCCAUACCCAGCUGAGAUAGCACACAACAUGGUAGAAGUUUCUCAAGAAGGGUCUUUAAAACAAGACCAAUUCCAGUACCAACUGAAAGUAGAGGACAGCGAUGAGGAGUUCCUAGAGGAGUUCCUAGAAGAGACAUCAGUUGAUAUACCCCACUUUCAAGUCAAGAACGAGCCAGUUGAAGAGGAUCCUUCGGAAGAGGAAGACUACGGAAUGGAUUACCAAGUUAAGAGCGAGCAUAUGGAGGAGUAUGUCCCGGAGGACACUGAGACAGGCCAGGAGGAUACCAGCAGAGAGGAAGUCACCCGCAAGUACACAUGUCCGCAGUGCCCAAAACAAUUUGGUCGCAUGUCCGCCCUCAAGGACCACAUCGUCGUGCACACCGAGGAGAAGCCCUACGAGUGUGUAAGCUGCUCAAAGAGAUUCAAGUCGGCCAGGUAUCUCAAGGAGCAUCACAGCAUCCACACGGGCGAAAGGCCAUUCAAGUGUACCCACUGCUCGAACAGCUAUCGGAAGAAGACCUGCCUGCAGCGGCACAUUCAAACGUACAUGGGCGUCCGGCCCUUCAAGUGCACCCACUGCCCGAAGACCUUUGCCAAGGACUACGAUCUGCAGUCGCACAUCCGGAACUAUUCGGGCAAGAAGCCCUACCAGUGCACUGUGUGCUCGAAAACCUUUGCCACCAAGUCCGUGCUCAAUGUGCACGCUCGCAUCCACAGCGGGGAAAAACCCUUUAAGUGUCCCCAAUGCGCGCGGGAUUUCCUUUGGAAAUCGAGUCUUCUGAGUCACAUGCUAAGACACUCCGACGAAAAACCCUUCACCUGUUCCUUGUGCUCGGUUUCGUAUAAGGAGAAAAGAUCUCUGCAGCGGCAUAUGCGCAUCCACAAGAAAAAGUAGAUAUAAGAACUGAUCUCAUACAUUCCAUAAAAAUAUGGAAAACAAUAUGAUAAGCUGACCUGAUCGAAAAAAUAAGUGUACCACAUAAAUGUUAUUUCAUGACUGAAAAAAUAAAUUGCUUUAAUGUU